AUGACUCUCGUUGGCCCAGAAGAAGCUCGGGCGGAAACAUUGUCGAUCGAGGGCGUGGAAGCCAAGGGCAUGGAAGCCAAGGGCGUGGAAACAAAGGGCGUGGAAGCCAAGGGCGUGGAAGCCAAGGGCGUGGAAGCCAAGGGCGUGGAAGACAAGGGCGUGGAAAUAAAGGGCGUGGAAGACAAGGGCGGGGAAGCCAAGGGCGAGGAAGCCAAGGGCGUGGAAGACAAGGGCGGGGAAGACAAGGGCGUGGAAGCCAAGGGCGGGGAAGACAAGGGCGUGCAAGCCAAGGGCGUGGAAGACAAGGGCGUGGAAGCCAAGGGCGAGGAAGCCAAGGGUGUGGAAGACAAGGGCGGGGAAGAAAAGGGCGGGGAAGCCAAGGGCGUGGAAGCCAAGGGAGUGGAAGCCAAGGGCGUGGAAGCCAAGGGCGUGGAAGCCAAGGGCAUGGAAACAAAGGGCGUGGAAGACAAGGGCGUGGAAGCCAAGGCCAAGGGCGUGGAAGCCAAGGGUGGGGAAGCUAAGGGCGGGGAAGCCAAGGGCGAGGAAGCCAAGGGCGUGGAAGACAAGGGCGGGGAAGAAAAGGGCGGGGAAGCCAAGGGCGGGGAAGCCAAGAGCGUGGAAGCCAAGGGCGGGGAAGCCAAGGGCGAGGAAGCCAAGGGCGUGGAAGACAAGGGCGGGGAAGAAAAGGGCGGGGAAGCCAAGGGCGGGGAAGCCAAGAGCGUGGAAGGCAAGGGCGUGGAAGCCAAGGGCGUGGAAGCCAAGGGCGGGGAAGCCAAGGGCGGGGAAGCCAAGGGCGGCGAUCAGGGGCGGUGUUGUGGGCCGUCGACGUUACGCAGCGGUAGAACCUCCUCUGUCUUAACGACGCUGCUUAACGAGUGCUAA